GUUGUGAAAAAGUUAAAUGCUUUUUGAAAAUAAUAAUAGAAGCUUGGAAAGCCUUUACCAAACAAAAUCUAUGCAUAGGAAAAGAACUCUCCAAGCUUAUAAGAAGGAAAAGUCUGGUCGAUCAAAGGUGUGUCUUGAAAGGGGUGUGUCUAAACCCAAAUUCAAAAGACGUAGUGGAUUAGAAUUGGACCAUUUUACUCUUUUUCUUUCUUUCCAAACUAUAAAAAGCAUGGUUUCAGACGUUCAACUUUCUCUUAUUGCUAAUACACUUGGUGUUGUUACCAUGGUCUUGAUUGUCGCCUACCACUACAUUUCUGUCAACGACAAGUCCAAGUCUUUAUAAGCUCGCCUUUAUAUACCAACAUACUUGAUCAAUAAACGU